UGUACCGUGACUUUGAUCAUGAUUUAUGGCUAAGUCGUACUUCAGUAAAAACUCCUGAACAACAAACAGCUAUGAGGAAAUAAGAUAAAGUUCAUUUGCUUAUCUGGUGUUUUUGCAGCAGCUUUGAUUAAUGCAUCGCUUCUCUGAAACAAUUAUUAACCUUGAGUUUCUUGUCCUAUAAAUACGGAUCCUUUUCACUGUCAGUAAACAGCAUUUUCAACACAUCUCUAGAGAGUACCUUAAGAGCUGGAGAAUGGAGAGACUCGCAGUGAUGAUGGUUGUGUGUCUGCUGGCUGGUCUUUCUGGAUGCCAGGCGCAAGUUGAGGACAAUCAGAUGGCAGAGCUGACAGACGAGAGUUUAGAGAAAGAAGGAGAGAAAGAAGAAGCACCAGCCGUUCUGGAAAUGAGCCCAACAGCAGCUGAGCCGAGCUCUGAACCCACCAUCUACACAGCGCUGAAGCAGCUGGAGGCUCUGGAAGAAAGGCUCGCCGCUAACGAGAGAGCUCUGGAGGAAACAAACGAAAAGCUGGAGGCCAGUGAGAGGAAGGUGUCUGAAUUUGAAAGCACAAUGACCCAAAUGAGUGCAAUGCGACAAGGUCAGCCUCGGGUUGCAUUUUCUGUUGCAUUACCAGUCAGUGGCACCAUUGGGCCUGUGAAUAUUCUCUAUUCUCUAGUGUACAAAACUAUUCUGUACAACACUGGAGGUCAUUACAGCCCAAUCACAGGUUAUUUUACAGCACCAGUGGCAGGAGUCUAUUAUUUUGCCUUCAAUUCCUUUGACUGGGGAAGUGAUGUUACCACUGGCGGCAGUUUGUACAGAAAUGACAACAGAAUAACGUCAUGGUAUGCUCAAGGUGGAGGCCACCUCGCCUCUGGAUCCAACUGCGCUGUCUUGCAGCUACGAGCUGGAGACCAUGUCAAUAUUCGUCUUUGGGAAUCUCGGAGGAUCAGUGAUAAUGGAAAUAACUACAGCACAUUCAGUGGAUUUUUGCUUUUCACAGUGUGAAAUUAUUGUCAUUUCAUACGGCUCAAACUUAUGGACACGAUAUGACAAAAUGAUUCAACUGUAAAUACUUGUCAGGUAAACAUCAGAAUGUAAUGUUUUCUUUUUUCUGAACCCAUUUAUGUUGGAACACAUUGGAAUCAACAUAAGACUUUUAUAUUUGUACAGUUUCAUUUAUUGAACAGUUUGUUUU